AUGAAGGAAGACACUGCCAAAUGUGUUGCAACUGAUGAGGUUAGGGCAGAUGCAGAAGAGCAUGCAACUGGGGCUGUAGAACAGAUGGUGCUGAUUGAGCAGAAUGAGGCUGUUGUCUGUGUGGUUGAUCAAGAGGUAGCAAAGGGUGUGAUCGGCUAA